AUGGCGGACACUGCCUUGAAGCAUCGAGCUGAGUUUGCCUUUGCUCAGCUUGAGAACGAGAGAGCUCUGACAUCUCUUCGUGACGAGCUAAGGGUAGCUCGUGGGAUUGUUGAUCGGUCUCGGGCUGAGAUAACUGCUCUUCAGACCCUUGUUGAUGCCCAUCAUCGGGAGCACAAGGCUCUCUGCGAGAUGCUUGAGCGCAAGGGCGUUCUUCAUCGGAAGAAGCAGCGUACUGAUGGUACGGCUUAA